GUGACGCGGCCUGAAGAGAAGGGGCUUGAGCUCUGAGACUCAGGCAGCGCGAAACGUACGAGGUGUGGAGACUUCGGGGUUUCCAAACAGCGUUUGCUGACUCAUCCAAACAAACGUGAGACCUGGUUGUAUCAAAGCAUUUGAAACGUAAACUCCCCCAGAUGCAGAUUCCAGGAAAAUGACAUAUAAAUGAAUCAAAACUUGGUGGAGUGAAUGUAGAAGUCACUGUCUGCUUUGAAUUAAAGGAACACAAUAAAUCUUGUUUUGGAAGAAGCUCCAGAUGGCGUCUUCCAUGGGCAACGUGGCCGACAGCACAGAAGCAACGAAACGUAUGCUUUCCUUCCAAGGGUUAGCUGAGUUGGCCCAUCGAGAAUAUCAGGCAGGAGAUUUUGAGGCAGCUGAGAGACACUGCAUGCAGCUCUGGAGACAAGAGCCAGGCAAUACUGGUGUACUUUUAUUACUUUCAUCUCUACACUUCCAGUGUCGAAGGCUGGACAGAUCUGCCCACUUUAGUACUCUGGCAAUUAAACAGAACCCUCUUCUGGCAGAAGCCUAUUCGAAUUUGGGGAAUGUGUACAAGGAAAGAGGGCAGUUGCAGGAAGCAACCGAGCAUUACCGGCAUGCAUUGCAUCUCAAACCAGAUUUCAUCGAUGGUUCUAUUAACCUGGCAGCCGCUUUGGUAGCAGCAGGCGACAUGGAAGGGGCAGCACAAGCGUACGUCUCUGCUCUUCAAUACAAUCCUGACUUGUCCUGUGUUUGCAGUGACCUGGGGAACCUGCUCAAAGCCCUGGGUGGCUUAGAAGAAGCCAAGGCAUGUUAUUUGAAAGCAAUUGAGACGCAACCGAACUUUGCAGUAGCUUGGAGUAAUCUUGGCUGUGUUUUCAAUGCACAAGGGGAGAUUUGGCUUGCAAUUCAUCACUUUGAAAAGGCUGUCACCCUUGACCCCAAUUUCCUGGAUGCUUAUAUCAAUUUAGGAAAUGUCUUCAAUGAGGCACGGAUUUUUGACAGAGCUGUGGCAGCUUACCUUCGUGCCCUAAGCUUGAGUCCAAAUCAUGCUGUGGUACAUGGCAACCUGGCUUGUGUAUACUAUGAGCAAGGCCUGAUGGAUCUGGCAAUAGACACCUACAGGCGAGCUAUUGAACUGCAACCACAUUUCCCUGAUGCUUACUGCAACCUAGCCAACGCUCUCAAAGAGAAGGGCAGUGUUGCUGAAGCAGAAGAUUGUUAUCAUACAGCUCUCCGGCUGUGUCCCACCCAUGCAGACUCUCUGAAUAACCUAGCCAACAUCAAAGGAGAACAGGGAAACAGUGAAGAGGCAGUUCUCUUGUAUCGUAAAGCAUUAGAGCUCUGCCCAGACUUUGCUGUUGCCCAUUCAAAUUUAGCAAGUGUAUUGAAGCAGCAGGGAAAACUGCACGAAGCUCUGAUGCACUACAAGGAGGCUAUUCGAAUCAGUCCUACCUUUGCUGAGGCCUACUGUAAUAUGGGAAACACUCUAUGGGAGAUGCAGGAUGUUCAGGGAGCCUUGCAGUGUUAUACUCGUGCCGUUCAGAUCAGCCCUGCAUUUGCGGAUGCCCACAGCAAUCUGGCUUCCAUUCACCAGGAUUCAGGGAAUAUUCCAGAAGCAAUUGCUUCUUAUCGCACUGUUCUGAAGCUUCAACCUGAUUUUCCUGACGCUUACUGUAAUUUGGCUCAUUGCCUGCAGGUUGUCUGUGAUUGGACAGACUAUGAGGAGCGAAUGAAGAAGUUGGCCAGCCUUGUGGCUGACCAGUUGGAGAAGAAUAGGUUGCCUUCUGUACAGCCUCAUCAUAGUAUGCUCUAUCCUCUUUCUCAUGGCUUCAGGAAAGCUAUUGCUGAGAGGCAUGGGAACCUCUGCUUGGCUAAUAUAAGUGUCCUUCAUAAACCGCCGUAUGAACAUCCAAAAGACUUGAACCUCAGUGAUGGUCGACUGCGUGUAGGAUACGUGAGUUCUGACUUUGGGGAUCAUCCUACUUCUCAUCUUAUGCAGUCUAUUCCAGGCAUGCACAAUCCUGAUAAAUUUGAGAUAUUCUGUUAUGCCCUGAGCCCACAUGAUGGCACAAACUUCCGAGCGAAGGUGAUGGCAGAAGCCAAUCAUUUCAUUGAUCUUUCUCAGAUUCCAUGCAAUGGGAAAGCAGCUGAUCGCAUCCAUCAAGAUCGUAUACACAUCCUUGUAAAUAUGAAUGGUUAUACCAGGGGUGCUCGAAAUGAACUCUUUGCUCUCAGGCCAGCUCCUAUUCAGGCAAUGUGGCUGGGGUACCCUGGGACUAGUGGCGUGCUUUUCAUGGAUUAUAUCAUCACUGAUCAGGAAACUUCACCUGCUGAAGUUGCUGAGCAGUAUUCUGAGAAACUGGCUUAUAUGCCCCAUACUUUCUUUAUUGGUGAUCAUGCUAAUAUGUUCCCUCACCUGAAGAACAAAGCCGUCAUUUAUUUUAUGUCCAAUGGGCACAUUUAUGACAAUCGGAUUGUGCUGAAUGGCAUCGACCUCCAAGCAUUUCUUGAUAGUCUAUCAGAUGUGCAAAUAGUCAAGAUGAAAUGUCCUGAUGGAGAAGACAAUGCAGACAGCAGUAAUACAGCUCUUAAUAUGCCUGUCAUUCCUAUGAAUACUGUUGCAGAAGCAGUUAUUGAAAUGAUUAACAGAGGACAAAUUCAGAUUACAAUGAAUGGAUUCAGUAUUAGCAAUGGCCUGGCAACCACCCUGAUCAACACUAAGGCUGCCACUGGAGAGGAGGUUCCCCGUACCAUUAUUGUAACCACACGUUCUCAGUAUGGGUUACCGGAAGAUGCCAUUGUGUACUGUAACUUUAAUCAGUUAUACAAAAUUGACCCAUCUACUUUGCAGAUGUGGGCAAAUAUUCUGAAACGUGUUCCCAAUAGUGUACUGUGGCUGUUGCAUUUUCCAGCAGCAGGAGAAGCUAAUAUUCAACAGUACGCACAAAAUAUGGGCCUUCCCCCAAACCGUAUCAUUUUUUCCCCUGUUGCUCCUAAAGAGGAACAUGUUCGGAGAGGCCAGCUGGCUGAUGUCUGCUUGGACACUCCACUCUGUAAUGGACACACCACAGGGAUGGACGUCCUUUGGGCAGGGACCCCCAUGGUGACUAUGCCAGGAGAGACUCUUGCUUCCCGAGUUGCAGCUUCCCAGCUCACUUGUUUAGGCUGUCUUGAGCUGAUUGCUCAAAAUAGACAAGAAUAUGAAGAGAGAGCUGUGAAACUGGGAACUGAUCUCGAAUACCUGAAGAAAAUUCGUGGCAAAGUCUGGAAGCAGAGAACAUCUAGCCCUCUGUUCAACACCAAACAAUACACGAUGGAACUAGAGCGGCUCUAUCUACAGAUGUGGGAGCAUUAUGCAGCUGGCAACCAACCCGAUCACAUGAUUAAGCCUGUUGAAGUCACUGAGUCAGCCUAGAUCAUGACUGUGUGCCCAGGAGAAUUACCCCUGUAGCUGAGCCUCAACCUUCUGAGGGAAAGGGAACUACUUUUUCAAUAUCAUGUUGCAGAUGGGUGACACACAAUGAUAAGAAAUAGCACAGCCAGACUUGCUUCCUGCAUGAUCACGAUAGGGAGAGACACAAGAGAUGGGAAACUGCUGUUCCACAAGGAGUCUCCAUCGAAUUUUGCAGCAGCCAGGUGUCUGGAAGGUCUGGAAGGUGAGUCCUGUUCUUCCUUUUUCUUUCAGCAGAAAUGAAAUUCCAGGUAAGUAUAAGUAUUCAAAUAUUUGAUCAGUAAUUCACAGUUAUCUCCAGUACAUUAAAUAACUUUCAUCAAAAAACAUGUUAUAGGUAAAAAGUUCUGAAGGACCAGCUAUGUAUAUGAUAAUUAUGUUUCAGGCCUUCUAGGGUAUUAUAUAUAAUAACUUGUCUUCUGGUUGUGGUCUUGAAGUCUUUAUGGAUUCAGCCUCAGUAGUAGCGAACUGCACUGCUACUUGGUUUGGAGUACAAAUUAGACUUUAGCCCUCCUGGAGGUUGAGUUUUUGGUAUUGAAAACCAUAGGAAUGAAAUGAUUGUAUUUCAACAAAGGAUCGAGGGCUUGAGGCUUAAACAAGCCAACAUAUGUGUGGGAAGCAGUCAGCCUUGAGAGCAGGCUACGGACAUGCCAGGCAUGCCGCCGCUACUCGAAGGGACUGUCCCUACUUGUUCCCCUCCUUGUUCCAUUCCACGGGAGAUAAAUCACCAGGGCCCAGAAAUCAGAAAGAAUGUAAAAUGAGACAAGCAAAGCUGUCUCCCCCCUGCACGUGCAGGUUAUUUUGGAUGAUUCUGGGUUUAUGGGUUUUCUCCCAGGGAAGUUAACCUUGAGUGGAGACAGUCAUUAGAUAAUGUAAACCACCGUCUGGCAACCUUCCCUUUUCUAGUCUAUAUAAUCUGCAACUGUAGCAUACUAAAACUUGCCUUGCAACCAUCAGUUGUCUUGGUCCUUCUGACCCCAUUCGUCGGUGCUACUUCAGUUCCUUACCCCGUCCCUUCUGACCCUGGGAGGUUAAAUCCUCUUUCUGAGGCUGGUCCGCGGCAAGUGGCGCCCGAACAGGGACCUGAAGCGUGAAGGCAAUUAAAAGAAAAAGAAAGUGCAGGUAAGAGAACCCUUAUGCAAAAUAUGUGUAGCCACGAGUAAAAGUGAAACUAAUAGAGGCAUAAGGCAACAGUCAGAAGUAAAAUAAGAUGGGGCAAAAGGGCUCAAAGGAGCGUGAAUUAUUUGCUCCGGUUUUACUUUCGAUGCUUAUAGCUCGGGGUAAUAAAAUUUCUACCUCACAGUUAACUGAAUUUUUGCAGCAUAUCCAUGAUGUAUCUCCCUGGUUUCCUGAUGGCGGCUCUGUGGCAUAGAAAUCUGGCAGAAAGUUGGAGAAGAUUUAAAAAAUUAUUAUGAGUCUCGAGGGCCUACUCAUACUGCCGUUGUUACAUUUAGUUUGUGGAAUCUGAUAAAAAUAUGUUUAGGUUCUUCUCAUGAUAGUGUUGAUUUGAAUGUAAAGUCAGAAAAACAUAAGCCUCUGACAGAAGAAAAGACUGUAUUAUCAGCUACUGUGUCGCCACUUCCUAAACCGAAAGAGCUAAUUAAUUUAAAUAUUUCAGAUGAAGAGGAACAUUUUGACUUAACCGAUGAGGCUUUUAAACAUAAAAGAGAGAGAGAAAAAAAACAUAAAAGAGAGAAUCAUCCUGAGGAUGAUUUUCUAACGGCCAUGAUAGAUAAGUCAGUGAAAAAGCUGCACAUUAGUAAGGACUGUCUUCCUCAUAAAUCUACAUCUGUAAAAAUGCUCAGUCUCUUACAACGUGCUGUACAAGCAGCAAUAAAACGAGGAGAAGAUCCUAUUUUCUGUUGUCCUGUCCUAGAAAGACCUGAUCCUAAUAAUCCUCAACAGGGUAUUAGGGAGCAUCCGGCUCUUCCUUUUAAAGUUUUGAAAGAUCUAAAAUCUGCUUGUGCUCAAUAUGGGCCCACUGCUCCUUUUACUACUGCUAUGGUUGACACUAUUGCAGGAGAAGCUCUUUCCCCCGCUGAUUGGAAGUCUAUUGCACGAGCUUGUUUAAAUGGUGGAGAUUAUUUAAUAUGGAAGUUUGAUUUUUAUGAACGGGCUGCUGAACAAGCAGAAAAGAAUGCUACCCAUGAUAUUCCAGUUGAUUAUCAUAUGCUGAUUGGGGAAGGACCAUAUAUUUCUUUACAAGAUCAAUUAACUUAUACCUUUGUUGCUUAUCCUCAAAUAAAUCAUUUGGCAUUACAAGCCUGGAGGAAAUUAUCUUCUACACACAAAACUGAGGAUCUUUCAAAAAUGAGACGGGGACCUGAUGAACCAUAUGCUGAUUUUGUAGACAGAUUGUUACAGGCGGUGGGGAGACUCAUUGUGGAUGGACUCACUGGUACAAUUGUAGUUAAGCAAGUUGCUUUUGAAAACGCUAAUAAUGCAUGUCAGGCUGCGACUCGACCUUGGAGAAAACGGGGAACAUUGGAGGAUUGUAUUCGCCUUUGUGCAGACAUUGGGCCUGCUUCUAUACAGGGUGCUGCUAUGGCUGCAGCGUUAACUAAA